AUGCGCUAUGUUUUUCAGAUGCACUUCCGCAACGCCUCCAACAAUGAAACCGAGUAUGAAGCCUUGUUGCAUGGCAUGCGGAUGGCAAAAGCAUGUGGCGCCACUCGUCUAAUGAUCUAUGGUGACUCCAACUUGGUUGUGCAACAAACAAUGAAGACCUGUGACGCAAUUUCAGACACCAUGAUCGCCUACCGUGAUAUGUACAACACAUUGGAGGGUAAUUUUGAUGGUUGUGAGCUCGCGCAUGGCCUUCGCGUCAAGCUGGAGGUGCAGAUCAAGGCCACCGAGGACGCGGUGGGAGCAGUGGCCCGGUACGAGAUCCAUCUUGGCUUCGCCAAGGACAGAGCGACCAGGCUUGAGACCGAACUGGCCGCCGUUCGGGGGGAGCUCACCAAGGCUGGCAACGACAUCGCGGUCAAGACCGCGGAGAUUGCGGCGCUGGAGGGCAGCCUCCGCAAGGCCAAGAAGGCCAUGCGUGACGCUCAUCUCCAUCAUGGCACGCUGAUCGGGCAGCGGUCCCAAUGCUCCCACGAGGACAUCGAGCUGGGGGACGAGCCGGAGGUGGCUCCUGCGCCAAGCCCCGCCACCCCAGACACGACGGUGGGGGCGCCCACCGCCGCGACUGGAGCAGGGCUCAGCGGCGCGUCCACGGCCUUGCAGGCCGGGGGCGCGAGUCCUAUGGCCGCCCAGCAAGAGACGACUCCUACCGUGGGCGCGGCCCCUCCACCGGACCCGCAACCCACGGACGCGGGUGUGGAGGAAGACGUGGUUGGGCAGCAGCAGGCAGCUCCCCUGCAAGGGGAUGAUGCUCCCCCCGGCCAGACCAUGGCAGCUGGGGUCUCGUCGUCGUCCGCCGCUACCUCCAGCCCAGACCUCGGCACUCUUGCCGGGGCGACUUGGGACCCAAUCACCUGGGACCCAAGUAUCUAUGAUCAGGGGCACCAGUUCCUCAACGCCAUCAAGGAGAAGCAACUGGCAUUCGUCACCUCGUUCAACAAGGUGAGGGAGCACCACGAGCUCGCGAAGCUUCAACUGGGUGAAGUGCGGCAGGAUGUCGAGAGGGAGCGGCAAGAGCUCUCCCAGCUAAGGGAAGGAGACCUGGCUAGCACGGCAGCUCAAGCUUGCCUCAACGAGAAGAGCGAGCUAGUUAGCGUCUACUCCUCCCAACUCCAGGCGUUGCGCGUGAAGCUGGAGGAGCAGGCCAAGGCCGCGGAGGACGCGGCAGCGGUGUUGGCAUGGCGAGAGAAGGAGCUGCGCGAGCAGUUCCGGACCCGGGAGCGCGAACUCGUGGGGGAGCUCAAUUCCGCCAAGGAAAGGAGCGCCCAUCUCAAGUCCGAGCUGACCACUGCCCAGGGCGAGCUCAUCAAGACUGGCGAGGACAAUGUGGGCAAGGCCAAGGAGAUCGUUCAGCUUACGGAACUCCUCCGGAAGGCCAAGCUUGUGGUGGCGUUGUCGUGCAGUUUGACUGAACAAGCCAAUCGACUAUGCGACGUGGCGGUUGGCAAUAGUCAAGAAUGGCGGUCGAAGUGCGAGCAACUAGUUGCUAAUUCCGCCAAGGAAUUGGCGGCUGCUCGUGCCGAGCUGGACGCAGCUGUCAAGCAAGCCAAGCCGGAGGCGCAGGAAAGCUUUGCACUCGAGAGGAAGGAGAUUGCCUAUCGAGACGACGAGUUGAAGACGCGACUUUCGGCUGCCGUCGACAUGCUCACCGGUGAGUUUGAUCAUAUCUGA